AUGCUGCUUCUGACAAUCACGAUCCUUCUCGGUAACCUAUUCACCAUCACCAAUGCUUUUAGCUUCACCCAUGGCCUGCCCACUCAGUGCGAUAGCCUCAAUAUCUCUUGGACCGGAGGAACAGCGCCUUUCUACCUCCUUUUGACGCCCGUUUAUGGCACACCGCGAAAUAUAUCCAUUACUGAAUCAACCUUCAGCAAUGGAAACGGCUCAUUUUCUCUUCAACUGCCCUUUCCUCAAGAUCACAAGUUUCUCAUCACAAUGUCAGACGUUACGGGGUUUGCGUCAGGAGGUAACACGGAGGUGUUGACAGUCGGACCUUCCAAUGGAGGAAGUUGUAACACUACAGAUCCUGGCGUUGGUUUUACUUAUGAGCUCAAUAGUGCUCUCCAGCAGUGCAGAACGUUCACAUUCAGUGGUUAUCCCCAGGCGGUCCAACCAGUGACGAUGAUGGGCAUUGUACCAGGAGGGACCUCUUUCGUGUUCCAACCACCGACGAACUCAGAUAGCUAUGAUUGGGUUACCAAUGUGUACAACGGUACCUCCAUGAUCUUUCUGAUGGUCGAUUCGAAAGGUCGUCAAGGCGGGAGUUCUGACAUAAGGACUGUCAGUGCAUCCGACGAUGUGUCCUGCAUCAAUUCGAAUUCGCCAUCGUCUACCAUGAUCGGAAGUCCCACUUCGACCGGCACCGGCACUUCUCCCACUUCUACCCCCAGCGACAGUAAAUCAUCGACUCCCAUAGCAGCUAUAGCCGGCACCGUGAUCGGAGGAUUAAUUUUUUUAGCAGUGGCGAUUACCUUGGGACUUUUCUUCUUGAAAAGGAGGAAGGAUAGCCGACUACAUAAUCGGUGGGACGACGGGACAGACUUCAGGCGCCAUUCUGAAAGGAUUCGCACUGAUAUCGACCCUGCUGGACCGUUGUAUACCCCCACCCCCUACACCUCCAACCCCUUUUUUUCCCCUUCCGAAGUCGAGGUCAACAACCAUAUACAUGGUAGCUCGCGUUCAUACGAUGCAUUACCUCAUUCAGCGACGGAUAUCAAUCCAUUUACCGCUCAAAAUGUGGCCCCCUCCAUCAGUGCGGCACAGAAAAAAGCUUCAAUGGCUGGUUCAACCUCUUAUAAACCCUCGCGUUUCAUCGUGCAUACCGAUGCCGAGGACGUUCCCCCACAACAAGAAGAAGAAGAAACGGUGGAGUUACCUCCUGUCUACUCAGAACGAAAAUCCAAACCAUAG